AUGCGAUCCUACGAACAUCUGUUGAGAUUGACGGCGUAUGUUCCUCAUCAUCCACAGCCACCUGCCCCACAGCCACCUCCCCCUCAACCACCUCAGCAUGCAGUGUUUCAGUCGUUUCCUUAUUAUAUACCACAGCCACCUCCCCCUCAGCCACCUCAGCAUGCAGUAUUUGAGCCGUUUCCUUAUUAUAUACCAAAGCCACCUGCCUACAAUCAUGGUAGCCAUGACACUCAGAGCAGCCACCACUCUCAGCAGUCUCAGCACACCCACCACUCUCAGCAGUCCAAGCACAGCCACCACUCUCAGUAUCAUGAUCCCAUACUUACCAUUCCUUCCGAUUUUAGUGGUAUCCCUUCACCGUCAGUGCCAGCUGAUCCACGUAGGGCAUCAGUAGAUAUGGGACAUGGUUUGCGGGGUCGUACUACCGACCACACGUCAGAGAGUGCGUCAUGUGAUAGUGGUUAUAUCCAGCGUCAGCGGGCAUACACAGUUGUUGACACGUUCAACCCCGGUCCAUCCGCUCCGACAGAUGCAGGUGGGUCGGCCGCUCCGACUGUUGCAGGUGGGUCAGCCGCUCCUACAGAGGCAGGCGGUUCGGGAGCUCCGGGGGUGGAUGACUCAGUUCGAGGUCACCCAUAUGACCUACGGACGGAGCGAAAUCCACCUGAUAGGUAUACUCCAUCGCGGGUAGAGACGGGCAUUAUGCGUAAGGGACUGCACUGGUUCGUUGGAAAGAAGUGA